CUGGCCAUGAAUCUCAUCCGCUGCUGCUUAUCUCUUGCUCGGAGAUCUCCUUCCCAUUUCCUGAAUCUCUCCACCACGCAAACCCUAGUCUCUCCAUCAUCAUCUCGCUCUAAGUUGAUCACCUUCCAAACAAUGGUCUCGCGCGCUUACACGACGCCGUCUCAUUCUUCCGGGAAGCUACUCUUCCGUCAGCUCUUCGAGAAGGAUUCCUGCACCGAUACUUACUUGCUCGCCGAUGUCUCUCAUCCCGAUAAACCUGCUCUGUUGAUUGACCCAGUUGACAAGACAGCGGAGAGAGACCUUUCCCUUGUUAAAGAGUUGGGACUCAAGUUAAUUUAUGCUAUGAACACGCAUGUCCAUGCUGACCAUAUAACUGGCACUGGCCUCAUAAAGACCAAGGUUCCAGGUGUGAAAUCUGUCAUUUCUGAAGCAAGCAAAUCAAAAGCGGACCUCCUGAUUCAAGCUGGUGAUAAGAUAUAUUUCGGUGACCUGUUUUUGGAGGUUGGACCAAAGCAGCUUGUUACUUAUAUAAUUAGUUUUUUACAAAGUGGAGCAGAGAAGCUUGUUGUUUCUGUUGUUAUUUUAUUUUAUGGAGAACUAUAUUAUACAGAAGCAUGCAUACUUGUUUCUGUUACCAAAGAAAUUGAGAAUAUUAUUAGGUUGUGAAAAAAUCUUAGGGUGAAUGUCUGUUCAUAUGCAUGGUGAAGCAGUAGCCAUACUAGUUCCCAGUUUCUUUCUUGAAUCUUGAGCACUGUUUCAGAAUAGUCCAUCAUCUAUUUGUUGAGCCUGCUUAGUAUGGUAUUCUUCUGAGGGAUCGAGCCUCAGAUAUGGGCCAGAUAUGGUAUUCUUCUGACUCGUAUUAUCAGUUUUGAUAUCAUAGUGUCAAUGUAUGUGGUUUUGAAUUGUUGCACAUUCAUUAAAGGUUGUGAUGCAGUUGGCUCUUCAGCUUCUUCCAAUAUAAAUUGAUUCACGUGCCUUCAACAUUCAACAUUGUUUUUACAAUCAAAUAGUUACUGCACUGCAUCAUGUAUGUCCAUUCUCUUGAAGAGUUUUGCAUUGAAGCUUUUA